UCCGUCGUAGUCGGAUCGUAUCGUUCCGCCCUAACACACCGUCUCUCUCUCUCUCUCUCUCUCUUUCUCGCGCGUGCUCUCUUCUCUCUCCCUUUAACCUCUCUCUCUCUCUCGCGCGCACACGAGACCUUCUUCCCGUCCUAUCACUUUCUCAUUUUUUUCUCUCUCUUUCUCUCUUUUUCUCUUUUUUUUUUCUCUUUCUCACUUUUUCCCUCUGCGCGCGUGUGUGUGUAUUUACGCACGUAAAGUAGUACCUCACUAUCUUUCUCUUUCUUUCUCUCUCUCUCUCUCUCUUUUGAUAACGACGUCCAGGAGUUCCGCCCAGUGUUUAAUAAGAGAAGCGGAGAGAGAACUUUUAAUCGAGGAAAUAAGAAGCAGAAGAAGUGAAUGAAGGAUCGUUUAGUCACGAUCAAGGCGCUUUCGCGCUUUCGUCGAUCAUCUUUACUGUCGUCGUCGUCGUCGUCGUUGUCGUCGUAGUCGUGUAUUAUUCCUCGCCGUCGUUGCCGUUCUCAUAGAAAGGAGUUUCGAUGUGUGACGACGUGGAUUAACACAUAAUAUAACAACCGUAGGAGGAGGCUACAAAGUUUAUGAAGAGCCGUCAUACACGCGCGACACACAUUCUAUCUUAUUUGACGAAUCCAAAUGCAAGAAGAAGAAGAUAUUAUAACGGACGAGAAAACAACUUUCAAAAGGAGCUUGCGUGUUUUCUCUUUCUGAAGGUCUUAUCCUAAUUGAGAGAUAAAAUUAAAGUGAAGUUCUAUCGAAGAAGAAGAAGAAGAAGAAGAAGAAGAAAGAAGACAGAGGAUAAUAGCAGUGGUGAGAUAUAAAAAAAGGAAAAAAAAAAGAAAUCUAUCGGUGCUGAUAUUGUGUUUUGUGAUCAUAGUUUAGUGUGUCAACGAGGAAAAAAAACGGCGUACAAGAGGCCCGUGCAAUGGCCGUUUCAAAUACUUCGACUCCUCGUUGUUCUCGUUGAGAAUAUAUAUUUGUUACUUUUCCCCCCCCCCCAUUUCCCUUUCUAUUUCUUUCCUUUUUUUUUCUUUUUUUUUUCCUCCUCUUCUUUCUAUCUAUAUUUUUGAUCCUAUAUUUCUUUACCUCUCUUCCUCUUCCUGUCCGUUUAUAUCGUUCGUGUACAGAGAGUUUAGUGCCGCGAGUGGGUGCGCCAAUCGAAAAGUGUUGCUUCGAGAGAGAGCCAACGCGCGCCACGCCACGCCACGCCACGCCACGCAACGCAAGUGUGCCCUUGGAAUAAGUGUCGAUCGAUGGGGAAAAAAAGAAAUAAUAGUUAAAGAAAAUAAUUAAUAAUAAUAAUAAUAUUAUUAAAAAGUAAAUAAGCUCUCUCGUUAAGAGAGUUUAUUUUUCAUACUCCGUAUCGCGAGUUUCUUCUUCUUAUACUUCGCGCAUUAAGUUUGCCUUUUCUUGGGGGUUUUUUUUUUUGUUUCUCUCUCUUGUUUGCUACGACAAUACGACUCGUGCAUUUUGAAAAAGGAAAGAAAAAAGAAAAUAAAUAAAUAAGAAAUAAAAAGUGAGAGUUUCGGUUUAUUUGAUAUAUUAUUAUAAUAUUAUCGUCAAAGUGUGUUUCAUCACAUCUUUCUUCUUACUCCUCAUUGUGGAUUAUUAUUUAUUGGAUUUACUUCUACACUAUCAUCGUCAUCGUCAUUGUCGUCGUCGUCGUCAUCAUCAUCCUCCUCAACGUAUUGGAUUGUUUAUGGAAAAAGAUCCAUCGACUUUGAGGAUUUUUACAUCAUAAUUCGAGGAUAUCAACUUGUUUUAUAAUGCAGAGACAAAAUUGGAAAGGCUUGGAGGUGGAGGUUGCGCUGAUGCGUCCCAUAAGCACGGCCGGCUAAUAGCCCGCAGCCCAUCCCCGACACCCUGCAGCCACACCAGGUAAUUCGCGUCAGAGUUUUCGAGAUAAACCAAUCCCUCCCCCCGGCACACCUAAAUGCAUUCGUCAGGCUUCAUAGAUUAGCAGUUGGCGUGACAUGGAUGUGAGCUUCACGAACGUGUUGGAGGGGGCUCGUCAGUACUUCCAGGGACUGCCUGUACCCAGUACAGGCGCGAUACCAUCGGAGGAUCACAAUCAUCCAACCUCGUCGACGAAUUCGGCAUCGUCGGCAUCCACGUCACACGAUCAUGGCGUGGGUUCCUCGUCGGUGGCUCCGCCACCACCACCGCCGUCCUCCUCGUCGACGUCGUCGGUGGUUAAUCAAGAAACAACACGUUAUUCAAGUGACGUCGGUCAGUCCUCGUCUACCGAAAGCGGAAGCUCGAGUUCCGGUCCGUUUUGGAAUCCAUCGAUGGAACCGUAUCCACCGCAACCAACUAGAGUGGAGGUACCGGAUACCAGGCCCGGUGAUGAAAGUUCCGAACCGAGUUCCUCCUCUCCUGGUACUGUAGUAACACUAACAGAAAUGCAACCCUCCAGUCAUCGAUCCUCAGUGACAUCCAACUUUCAACAACAAAACCAAUCGUCCGUAUCUUCCGCGUCCGCCGAUCAACAACACUCGUCCCAUCAGACGACAGCAGCUACGACUACCUCAAGUUCACCUAGAUUGCAUCAAUUGCAACCACCUCAAAGAGAUCACUCUCCUGAACCUGUUUAUCAACAACUCAAUAAUAUCAGUAGGACGUCAUUUGCCACCGUGGAGAUUUUAGCGACCUCACAUUCGACGUCGUCCCAUCCGAAUUAUCAAUCCGCAAACGACCGACAGUCUUCGCAAAGUGGAACGACCAUAGUCGCGCAAAGAACGCAAUAUUAUCCGAGAUAUCAUCAUCCGGAUAUUACGAAAAGUGCACCGGCACCGUUCUCGCAAAAUUCCGUCUAUCAAUCUGCCAACGUGGCGGUGGUUACUACGACUGGAAGCGUUCAACAACCGGCUACAAGGCCUACGCCGGUCGAACAGAACAGUGUGUUGGUUCAUGGACAAGAUCAACAACGAGUGUCGAACCCUUCUUAUGGAUCCAGCGUGCAAACUCCGCCGAGUGGAUCGACCGGUGGUUACGUAUCGUCUCAAAAUUAUCGCGUAAGUGGGCAACUUCAGCAAACUCGGUCCGUUAAUCCGGCGAUCGACGAACGAAUCAGGCCACCUCAAUAUGGUAUCGAAGGAACGAACGCGCCUUCGUCGUCAUCCUCUUCCUCUUCCUCCUCCUCCUCGAACUCUAACAACUCCUCUUCAGGCAACCCUUGUACUUCGGGAAAUCCUCCUUGCAAUCCGCGUCACGGAUCCAGUCACAUUCCUCCGUCGCCUCAGAAUCUUCCAGCGCACAUUCCUUCUCCGCAUCUUCCCUCCGCAGCUUCCUCCGUUCAUGGACAACACUCUCAGCAGCAGCAGCAGCAGCAACAACACCACACAAGGAUAAAUCCUUCCCCUCAUUCAGCCAAUCCAAACGCCUACACUACUCGUACGAUUCUCUCGCAAAGCGGACCGUCGCCAUCCUCAUCGUCGUCUUCAUCGUCCAACCAUCCGCAACAGAUGAUACCUCCUACGGGCUUAAGCGGUUAUCAUCCGAUAGCUUCACCUCACGAGCCACCUCGACACGCCACCCCAUCACCCCACAGACAAUCUCCUCACGUAUCGACGCUUCACAAUCCUCACGCCUCCUCUCCUCAUCCUACACCCUCUCCUCACGCAGCCUUCCAACCGCAUUCGCCGACUUACCCACCUCCUCCCCCACCGGCCAGGUCUACGCCGCACUCCUACAGUGUGCCGGCGACCUCCCAACACUAUCAGAAUGCCGGAUACAAUACUAGUCCUUACGCGACACCACCUCAGUCUUCGUACCAUUCCUUUCAAAAGAGUCCGCAGCAGCCGCUGUCGCAGUCGCAUGGGAGUUAUUACUCUCCAUCAAAUAGAUCUCACAACCAGUCAUACGUCCAACCAACACCGAUGGGAGCACCACCUCAACCAAUUUGUCCUGGCGCAACGAAUAGCAACAGUGACUUGAACUAUCAGCAACAGAACAAACCGGUAAUGUACAAUGGUGCCGACACGAAAAGAAGUCCGGCGGAAAUCGCUGGAAAUUACGGUUCUUAUCGAACAUCCUCGACGGGCGUGCAGAGAAACAAUAACACGCACAAUCUGCCACCGAUCGCCGCCUUGUCCUCCUAUCAUUCCAACAAGAGAGAAUCGGGUAGUAAAGUGCAAUCGAUCCAACGACGAGUGCAUUCUAUCGGUUCAACGAACAAAGUCCCUGUCGCUGCACCACCCAGCUCGGUUAUGGUUCUUCCCCAGAGGAUUCCAGAUUAUCCUCCAGUUCCUGCGCCGUUGAAUCAUACGAUACCGGUUAAUGGGAGAACAACUAGCUCGGUUAACUCUACCUAUGCCGGUAGAUACGCUAACCAGCAAAAUUAUCCAGCUUACGCGACCACCAUCGCACCCAGUCAUCACGGCAGUAAUUCCUCUAGUAACACUUCGGUGACAUCCAUCGGUGCCACGGUCCGAUCUUCCGUUCCAGCUCCUCCUGUACACGCCUAUCAGUCUUCCGACACGACUGCCCACUUGGGAUCUUAUCAUCAUACUGUCAGAACUGCAGAGAGUUAUCCGUACAAGGAACAAUCUUAUCAAAAUUCUACGGCACCGAUAAUACCUGCAGUCCCAGGUACACCAUUACCAGCACCACCACUACCGCAGACGAAUGGUAUCAGGAAAAGAGAAUCUCCUCUCGAUCUUUCCGUAAAAACGGUUAAGACGUCUGCGGAUUCGACGGCGCAAGACGAUCUCGAGGCUUCUUCCACGGAAAAGCACACGAGUAAUUUGAAUCUAACAUUGUCGUCUUCGAUGUCAUCGCUGUCGUCGUCGUCGUCGUCAUCGACAAUGUCGAGGAGUAGCAGCAGCAACAAUGCAAGAAGCAUGGCUCCACCGGCUGUUCAAACUUUAGCACCACCACCACCACCACCCAUGGCUUCUUACUCUAAUUACGAUACUAGAGUAUCGACUCGUGGCGUCAGGAAUUCGUCCAUUCCUUCCGUAUGCCCUCGAACGUCAACUCCGCAAACAGUUUGCGCACCGAAAGUCGACUUCUUACCGGAUUUCAAUUCUACUCCGCUUAGGCAGCAUCACGCUCCCCCACAUGAUAGUCCCAUUCGUAGAAAUAUGGGUCAACAACUUUAUGGGCCACCACCACCGCCCCAAGCACCGUUACCCUCGCAAUAUACGAACAAUACUACUCCACUGCCUCACAUGUCAACGUUCCAGAAGAGUUCACUGCCCAUAACGCCGAUGUACGACGGCAGCCCAGCACCACCGCCGCCGUCUUCGUCGUCUUAUCUACCGGCCAAUGAUUCCUCGAGGUCUUCGUCUAGAUAUCCCGUGGCGGAUCCUCCAAAAAUGGGGCCGACCACCUUGCCUCCCAUGGGAGGAGAGCAUCCUUCCGACUCCAUCAAGUAUUAUUUAGACGCGAGAAACAAAUUCAGUUCGCCGGUGCAGAAAGAUCAUCGUUCGACCACCAAGAGAUCCGGUGAAACUGUUUACCCUGGAACUGCACCGAACAAGCAGCCUAGAUUGGAUACUUGGAGAAUAGCUAUCGAUAAACAAAUCGAACAAAAACUAUCGACGGUUAAGUCGCCCCAUGAGCAACAGAAAAGGCAAGAGAUGAAUUUGCCCGUUGCCAUGCCUAAUGGUACCUUGAUACCACCACCUAAUACUUACAACCAACAGAGAUUGGAAAAUUUUUUCAUGUCCGAGACGCCUUUGAGGUAUCAACAAACUACUUACUGUGAUAAAAGGAAUUAUCCGGAGCCGAAGAUGGCGCGUACCUCUCCGCCGUAUAAUCACCAACCUAUCUCGAAAGCAACGAAUGUGCACGCGUUACCGCAGCAAGUCAAUAGUCAGACUUCUUACUCAAAUUAUAGACAAAAUCAAAGAACCACUUGUCCUCCGAUUAGUGCAAUGGCUUCACCUCCGGUCGAUCAGCCGAGUAAUACGGGUGCGGAUAAACGCGUUUUGAGUUUACUGAGAAAUAGUCUUGAAAAUAAACAACAAAGGGAAGAACAAUUGAACAGUCAACAACCUAUUUUGGCGAAUCACAAUCAACAAAGCUUUCAGAACAAGGUCGUCGCCCCUGUGGAGCCUAAAACAAAUAUAGGUAGACACAAUCUAUCACCGUUUACAGCGGCUAGUUUGCUGGAACGAAAUAGCAACACACCGCCGCAUUACAAGUUCCAUGUGCCGCGAGCCGUAGACUCGAUCACUCAAGAGGCCCCCCGUAGUAUGUACGCUUCGCGAGUAAAUUCAUCCGCCACGCUACCUGGCAAGGAAGCUCUCUUGGGACCUCGGGGAGCCGAGAAUCAAAUUCACCGUGACAAGGAUGACGGGCUUGCGGCCAUAUUGGCCGCGAAAAUCAGGACGAAAGCGGAACUGAAACAGGUUGGCACCGAACAGUUCUUGGCAAAACCCGUAGUUCCUUCGCAAGAUGUAUCUUCUACCCCCAAAGAACUCGAUAGCGCAGCAUCAACGUCAACCCCGCAAUCUGGUUCAUCCGCGGGAAGCCCACCUAAAUUAACUCGCGAAAAAGCAGCUUGUCUUCCACCGAGAAGACGGUUGUUUUCGAGAACGGAAGAAGAGAAUAUGCCGGUCGCUGCUACAACGGUACCCGUGUCAACUCCAACGCCAGCAGUUGCCUCUACGGUACCACCACGUGCCAGUGGUUUUCGAAGUUCCUCCGAGACCUCGGUCUUUGACUUCAGAGAGAGCGAUUCCGAGGGUGAGAUGCCAGUGUUGGAGCGUCAAACUCUCGAGGAAAUGAGGAGAGACAGGAAGCAGUUGUCGAAGGUUCAACCUCCUAUUCCCUUGAACGAUGCAAUGUGUAUGUCCUCCAUAGAUCUAGUGAAAAUCGAGCUUAAGGAAAACGACAAGAUCAACGAAGCGGAUCCAUUCUGGACGGUAACUUGUGACAAAUUUAUGGAACAGUUACGAGCUGGAGAUGCUGUGAAGAAACGUGGAAGAAAAAGGAAACUCGAUGGACCCUCUUCGAAAUUAGAAGAUACUGGUAACGAUAGUAGCAAGGAAUCCGAUCUUAAUACUAGCGACUUAACUGCUGACAUAAAGAUCAAAAUAGAAGACAUCAAAAAAGAGGAACAGGAUGUGGUGGAAGCACUUGUCGUUGAUAAGAUCGAGCCCGCGGAAAGUAACAAAGAUGAUGAGAAAAAACCUAUUACGAUGGAUAUACCACCAGUGAGUAAAGAAGAGAAGAAAGUUAUAGUUGAUUCAAAGGAAAAUGAGAGGAGACAUUCCGGAGAAGAUUCCGACGAAGUGCCAUUGAUCAAACGAGCAACGAAAAAGAAAUUGAAAAAGGAGGAUAGCGAUGGCGAGGAGGAAAUCAUUUGUAGGAAAAGGAGAGUACGACGCGGUAGUAGAAUCAAAUUAGCUUCAUCCAGUGGUAGUGAAUCGUCCAGCGAAGAAAGUGACGUUAGUACGGAAUACGGACAUGGUUCAACCGUUGCUGAUAGACUUCGGGCGAGGAAAAGAUCAGGUAACAACAGCGGAGAGAACGAAGGCAUGAAGUUACGUUCUAGGGAUACAACACCACAGAAGAAUAAGACGGAAAAAGAGACGAAAUCGUCUUCUUCAAAGACUGUCUCUUCGUCUAGAAAAAUAAAACCUAAACCCUUGUUCGGUGAUGGUAGUGAUUUUAGACCAGGUUGGGAGGAAGAAGUAUAUGUUUAUAAAAAAUCUUUACGAAUGCCGACGAGACUAAUAACAGUCUCGAAACCUUCGAGAUUUCAUAGGUUGUCAACGUCCCUUCCUGAUUUGGAUCCUGGUUCACCAGCGUUAUCGGUGUCUAUGGAUAGUUCUGACGUUUGUUUAGGUAGAAAGAGACUCGUUGAUAGUGACGUAGAAUCCGAGUAUAGUUACAGUAUUACUGGACUUGGUAGUAAGAUAGACGACGAGGAAGCAACUUCCUCGACCACGAUAUCCUGUCCACCGAAAACAACGACGAAAAGCGGGAGAUUGGAAAACAAUUCUAUCGUAGAUGUACUUGCCCAAAGAGUUGGUACCGGUAAAAAGGAAUCUAAGAGGAAACAAAACAAGGACAAACUAGAGAAAGGAACAACGAAGAUCCUUCAAAAAGGUAACAACGAACCCGAACUUCUUGCAACACCAAGUCUUACUCCUCUUCUUGCGUCAGAAGCUCCGACGAAAACACUGAAAGGCGGCAAGUCGUCACUAGUUAAGAGUAGUAAAUCUUUGAAACCAAUCAAAGUUUCGGAUUCCGUCCUUUUGGGAUAUUUCCGUAAAGAAACGGUCAAUAAUUUCCGCGAUACGUUCAAGAAUAAUCACGCGAUUCCGAACGAAUUUUCGACUUUCGUUUUGAACAGUAGAACGAGAACGGAAACGCGUGUUUUAAAGAAACAGACUACCAUCAGGGAGGUAUUCGGCGAGGAUAGGCCAGCUUCCGCUCCACCUAUGCAAAUUCACGGUGACACUUCACAGGACGAUGAUUCGCAAAACGAAACUGUAGAAAAUACGUUAGGAAAGCCACGUAGUUUGAAACAAAAGGUAGUGUCUCGAUUGAGAAACGCGGGUAUUUUAAGAAGCCACAAGGCAAUCGUCAAUUCGAAAAGACAUUUACUUAAAUCGAAGAGAAGAAAGGAUCUUCUUAAAUCUUUGGCCGAGAAGAAGUUGAAGCGUGUUAAAAAGGAAGCGGAAGUUGAAGUUGCGAAAGAAACGAACGAUACUCAGGAAACUGAAAAUAACGAAAUAGAGGACGAGAAUAACGAGUCCGAGGUACCGAGCAACAAAAAGAAGUUAAAACUUCGAACCGGUAGGCGGAAAUUCCGUUCUGGAUUCGACUAUGUCAGGAAGAAAAAGAGACCAUUGAAGAAGGAUGACGCAGCACCUAAGGAACGAAAAAGACAGAUAUUGUCAAGACCAAGUCCGGAAUGUGUUGCGGACAUUCAAUCGGAGAUCAGGACGUGGGUCAUUAAAAAGGGUGUCGGAGAAACUAUUUUACAUCGUGCUGCCAGACUCGGUCACACGGAUGUGACUGCCUACUGUUUGGAGAAACUCAACAGUGCACCUAGUCCGAAAGACAACGCGGGUUAUACGCCACUUCAUGAAGCAUGCUCGAGAGGUCACUUGCAGAUAGCUAAACUUUUGCUCGCUUACGGAGCGAAUGCAAGCGAAAGUGCAAACGGAGGAAUAAGACCACUUCACGAGGCUGCGGAAAGCGGUUCAACGGAGCUUGUGCGAUUACUUCUAUCAUACGGUGCGGAUCCUCUCCUAGCCACAUAUUCUGGACAAACACCAUUAAUGUUGGCAGUAGAAACUGAAGCUUAUACGAUCCUGGAACAACACUUGGACGACAUCCAAGGACGUAGUAGUACGCCCUGGUCGUUCGGUGGACCUGCUUCGAUAUUUGAUCCAGAAGAAACUGGAUAUAACCCUUUAAGCGAUCCACCCAUGGACAGUCCAAAACUCGAGCUCGAGGAGAUAGAAAUGGAGGUGAGCGAUAUUAACCUACCAGUCCUGUUUUCUCUUGCCAACGAUUCGGACAAGUGGGUCCUCCUUCAAGAUUUAAUGGCAGCUCUCAGGAUAAAGAGUCGCGAUGCUCUCUUACGUCAAGUUAAUCCGAAGGCCCAUACUGGACCACCGACGAUUGCUCAUCGUGACGUUAUGAGAGAAUUAAAACUUCCCGAUUUCUUAGAACAAUCACGAUGUUGUCAUUUGUUAAGUGGUGGAGAGAAGAUCAACGUGCGGGGAUCAAAGGUGACAUUGAUAAAGUACAACGAGAAGGUGAAGUCAUUGUUAAACGUCGAAAAGGUGCUAAUCAGUCUCAGGUGACAGGAACCACCACUGAGGGGAAGAGAUUCUCCUCAG